GAAUCCUUUAUUUUUUUUCUCCUAUUCAGGUCCUCAUCUGCUUCUCUCUCUCUCUAACUCUCUGUUGUUAUUUCUUACUGGGAAGAAAACAAGAGUCAAUCAGAGAAAAACCUAAUGAACCCCACAAUAACUCUUACUUCAAGUUAGCCCCCACCUUGUCAAAUACUUCUCUGUGUUUUUCUAUUAUUCUGCAAAUUAAAGAUUUUAUUUUAAAAGAAUUUUACUGUGUUUCUCUCUCUUUUUUUUCUCUUUCUUUUUGAGUUUGGGAAGAAGAGAAGAGAUGGAGAUGGGGUUGAGAAGUUAGAAAACAAAUCAUCAGACAGAAGAAGGAAAAUAAAAUAAAAGGCAGAUAAAGAUACAUCAGUUUUCUUGAACCCACCAACAAAAUUCUUGAUUACCCCACCCACCCCCACAUUCCAACCCAGGUCCAGGCCACCACACUCUCUCUCUCUCUCUCUCUCCCUAAAAAAACCCAAAAUUAUGGAACUCACUGAUUUACAAAACAACAAUACUAAUAGCAAUAGUAAACAACAAACUACCACCAAUAACACCACCCCUUCUCCACCUCUACACCACCAGCACCAGCAUCAGUACCAGCUACUCUCCCAGCACCAUCACCACCAGCAGCAGCUUCAACAACAACAUGGGAGAGCAUCUGUUCCUUUUAUGACCUCUAUUUCUAUCCAGCCUUCGGCACAAGCUCCAAUUACUAAUUCUGCUAGUCCUACUGCUACUAGUGCUUCUCCUUCUACUUCAUCUCCAACUCCACCGCAGCAGCAGCUAGUGGACGCUUCUCUUGCAAUUGCCACUAGAUCGGACUCCUUAGUUGACCCAAAUAAGAAAUCUCAGCCUCAGCAGCAGCUGGCAAUACAACAAACACAACAUGUGCAACAACAGCUACAGCCACCACCGAAGCGACAAACAAAGGAUCGGCACACCAAAGUUGACGGGAGAGGGCGGCGCAUCCGAAUGCCAGCCGCCUGUGCAGCUAGGGUUUUUCAAUUGACCAGAGAAUUAGGCCAUAAGUCCGACGGAGAAACUAUCGAAUGGCUCUUACAACAAGCCGAGCCAGCCAUCAUCGCUGCCACUGGCACCGGCACAAUCCCAGCCAACUUUUCAACUCUGAACAUAUCCCUCCGUAGCAGCGGCUCCACUCUCUCAGCUCCUCCUUCUAAGUCAGCUCCUCAUUCUUUUCACAGCGCUUUAGCUUUAGCCGCUGCCCAUCAUACCCCUCAUCCUUUUGAAGAAGGAUUCUCGCACAUGCUAGGUUUUCAUCAUAAUACUCACCUCCUGACGCAAAAUCCAAUCGCAGACUCAAUACCUGGAGGUAGCGGUGGUGGCGAUGGUACUGGUGGUGGAGAGGGGGCGGAUAAUUACCUUCGGAAAAGAUACCGAGAGGAUUUGUUCAAAGAGGAAGGUUCAAGUAAUCAACAAGGAGAAGCUUCUGGAGGAUCUAGUUCACCUUCAAAUAAGCAAUUCAAAGGAAAUUCAUCGCAAUUGCCUAAUAAGCCUAAUUCCCAAGAAGGUGUAGCUGGACAAUCGUCUAAUAUGCUUCGGCAUACUAACAUGAUGCCAGCCACUGGGUUAUGGGCGGUGGCACCACCGCCCACCAGUGGAACUACGGGCAGCCCGUUCUGGAUGCUGCCGGUCACUGCUAGUGGGAGCGGACAGACUUUAUCCGCUCCCAUGGCAAGCACAUCAGGAACUGCAACACUGGAGUCUCAAAUGUGGCCUUUCCCUAUGGGUAGCUCAAACACUAUUCAAGCACCAUUACAUUUCAUGCCUAGGUUUAAUAUCCCACCAAAUCUAGAAUUUCAAAGUGGGAGAGGAAAUCCAUUGCAACUAGGCUCAAUGCUAAUGCAGCAGCAACAACAACCAUCUCAACAUCUUGGGUUGGGAAUGUCUGAAACUAAUUUGGGCAUGUUAGCCGCUCUUAAUGCGUAUUCAAGAGGUGGUUUGAAUAUGAAUUCGGAUCAUCAACAAAGUCACUCAUUGGAUCAUCACCAGCAACAACAGCAGCAUCAACAACAACAUCAACCUCAACCUACAGAUAGCGACGAAGAUGAUCCAAACAAUUCUCAGUAAAAUCUGUAAUAUUAUUGGUUUUAAAAUUUUUAAAGUGUGAUGGAGUGAAAGUGCUUGAAAGAUUCAGUUCAUGGAAGACGGACAGAGGUAUAUGUUAGUUGUCAUUUGGUUUUGUCUGUCAUUAUUACCUUUUAUUUUUUGUUUGUUUUGGAGAACCUUUUGCUAGAGAGUUGCGAAGGAUUUGAAUUGUAUUUUGUUAGUUUUGUUCCUAGCUAGGAGUGAAGAGAGAGAGAGAGAGAGAGAGAGAG